CUUUUAUUACAUGGUUAUCUUUGGGUGAAGAGUGUUUGUGUGCUUGUCUUGACAGGACACUCACUACCUAUGCAGAGUUGAAGGGGAGAAGAAAAAGUGUGUUUUUCUUCCUUGUUUUUGGGGUCAGCACGGGCACGGUAUAGAUAGAAGCUGUGGGAUUGUUAAAUUGUUUUUGUGUAAUGGGAAGGAGAAGGCUGUCCUAGUUUUGAAAGAGGAAAGUUUGAAUAGCCGUUGCUGUUACAACUGCCAUUGAUCUUCUUGAAGCUCUGUAAUAGGAAACAAUGUUGGCUUCCAAAUCAAGAUCUGGGUCGUCCGAUAUCCCCCAUCGGACUUCUCCUGGGACUCCUAGAGUUAGCAAACAGCCCAGAGGCGUGGGCGGUUCUGAUGGCGAGGCAACACGCACGUCACAAACGGGUAGGAAUUCACUGGAUAAAGUUUCAAAGAUACCGGACCGUAGAUCUCCCAGAAGUACAUUGGCUGAGAAACGGGUGAGCGCUCCCAAAGCAUCAGAACUGCAGCAGCAGCUGAAUCAAGUUCAGGAGGAUUUGAAAAAAGCAAAGGAACAAUUGGCCCUGGCAGAGAAUGCGAAGGCCAAGGCCCUUGAGGAGGUGGAAGAGAGCAAGAAGGCAGCUGAUGAGGCCAAUCUGAAAUUGAGCGAGGCCUUGGUUGCCCAGAAGAAGGCUUUGGAGCAAUCUGAGAGCGAGAAGUUUCGUGCCGAUGAGCUGGAGCAGGCCACCAUUGAGGCCUCUCAGAAGAGGGAUCAGGCUUGGCAGUCUGAGCUUGAGGCUGUGCAGAGGCAGCAUGCUCUGGAUGUGUCUGCCUUACUGUCCACUACCCAAGAACUUCAGAGAGUCAAGCAGGAUCUAUCUAUUGCCACAGAAUCGAAAUCAAAGGCAUUGAAAUUGGCAGAGGAUGCCGCCAGUGCUGCUGAGGCGAACGCUAAGAGGGCAGAGGAAUUGUUUGCAGAACUAGGGACUGCGAAAGAGUCCCUGGAUGCGGCGUAUGCCAAUCGCAUGUCUGUUGAGGAUGAGAAGGCUGCUACCAAUGCGCAAUUGGAGUCCGAAGCCGAAGAAGCAGCUGCAUUGGCAGCCAAGGCUAAUGAAAAAGUUGAAUUGUUGAAAAAGGAGUUGGCAAAUGCCAAAGAUCUUGAGUCAAAGCUAUCUGAGACUCAGGGUUUGGUGGAAAAACUCAGCUCUGAGCUACAAAAUGCUAAGGAAUCUGAGUCCAAGGCUGCAAUGCUAGCUGCAGAGGCUAAUAUGAAACUUGAGACAGCGGAGAUUGAAGCUGAGAGAGCAAGGGAGGCUGAGAAUAAGGCCUUUGAAUCCCUUAUGUCAGCAACCACUGAGCUAGAGGAUGCAAAAAUGUGUCUGGAAAAGGCCAAGGCCGAUUCUGCAUCUCUUAGUGAAACAGUGGAUUCAUUGAGGAGUGAACUUGAAAGAAGAAAUCAAGAGCUAGAAGAUGUAGAGAGGUGUCGUGAAAAGGCCUUGAUAGAAUCAGGUUCUCUUACAGAAUCUUUGGAAGCAAUGAAGACUGAACUUGAUAAGAGCAAAGCGGAUCUGAUUGACGCACAGAAUAAGGAGCAACUUGCAGUUUCCAAAGUAUCUCAGUUGACAGAAGAGAUGAAUGCAGUCAGAGACGAACUUCAACAGGCUCUAGAAGCAGAGGAGAAAAGUAAGAAGGCCAUGGAUGACCUUGUAUUGGCUCUGCAUGAAGUGACUGAAGAAGCCGGUGAUGCAAGACAAGUGGUUGAGGCUGCACAGGAAGAUUUAAGGGCUGCAAAAUUGGAAGCAGAGAAUUGGAAGGCUGAAUUAGAAGAUACGCAGAAAAAGUAUCAAGAAAUGUUAGAUGAAGCAAGAACAGAAAUGGAGGAAGCUAAACAGGCAGCAGAAAGAGCAAAGUUGGAGGUUGAGGAAUCCAUGGUUGCAUGGAAUGAAAGGGAGAGUAAAUUGGUAGAUUGUAUCAGACAAGCAGAAUCUGAGGCUAAUACAGCAAAAGAAGAUGCAAGUAAGCUCUUAGAUUCUCUUCAAGAAGCAGAAUCUGAGGCUAAAGCAGCAAAAGAAGAGGUUAACAGAUUGCUAAUUGCUCUUCAAGAAAGUGAAAAUGAGGCAAACACAGCAAAACAAGAUGUAAGCAAAUUAUCAGUUUCUCUUCAUCAAGCUGAAGAUGAAGCUACUGCAGCAGAAGAAAAUGCAAAUAAUUUGUUGGAUUCACUCAAACAAUUUGAGGCAGAAGCUUCUGCAGCAAAAGAAGAUGUAGAUAAUGCUAAAGUGGAAAUUGCCAUACUCAAGGAUGCUCUGAUGGACAAGGAAAAUGAAUUGCAAAGCAUUAUACAAGAAAAUGAAGAUCUGAAAUACAAUGAGGCCGCUGCUCUUCGGAAAGUGGAACAACUAAAGGAGUCACUGAUCUUAGCUUCUUCCCAGAAAUCAGAUGACCAUGAAACUAAAGUUACAAAAGAAGAAUAUGAUCUGCUACAGAGGAAACUCCAAGAAGCUGAAGAACAUGCAAAUAAAAGGAUAGCAGAGGUCCUUGAACAAGUUAAAUCUGCUAAUACUAAGGAACAAGAAACUCGGGAGAAGUUGGAUGUAGCCAAUUUGGAGCUUGAAAACCUUAGGAAGAGAGAAAGUGAAUCUUCUGAGAAUCUAGAGGCUGUGCGUAUAGCAAAUCUGGCAAUGGAUGCAGAUUUAAAAAAAUCAAAGGAAGAGGCAGAGGAAUGGAAGAAGGCUGCAGACAUGGCUAAAGCUGCAGUGGCAUUAUCUCGAAAUGGUGAAAUGAAUGGUAAGGUUGUUAAUCGGUCAGUUUCAGUGCAGGAGCACUUACCAUCUGAAUCUUUUGGAGAUGUUCCGAGCGUUAAAAUUCCAUCACCACUGAAAUCAGAGGGCCUGGAUCAGACGGAGACAAUGAGUUUAGAAGAGGUUGAUCAACCUGAAAGCCCAACAAAGAAGAAGAAGAAAGCCAUGCUGCGAAAGUUUGGGGACCUUUUAAAAAAGAAAAGCCAUCAUAAGUAAGGUUACAGCUUACUGCCACAUCAAUUUCAAUCUGGUUAUUAGAGUGACAAUUUAACAACAAUUAUGGUACAAUGUGCCUGCUAUUACUUCUCUAUCCCACUGCAUAUUGGCCGUACUGGUUAGACUGUUGACAGCCUGUAGUCUGCUCUGAAUUUUAUCGGUAUAUCUGAUAUAUCAUUGCAUACUGUCAGCACCUUGAAAGUUUUCCAACCUUCUAAAACCAUCCAGUCCGUGAUGGAAGCAAUCUACAACAUCGAGGUUAUUACAUAUUUGUAAUGAAAUGGUUGGUGUGUAAAAUCAUAAGGGUGUACAAAGUCAUUCUACAGUUAGUAUUCUUGUGAAGUGCAUCUUCUCCUUGUGGCAGCAUUUUGCUGCAGAGUCUGAAGUUUUUCUUUUCUAUUUUUCUGUUUUUCUGUUUUUUUUUUCCCUUUGAGAAUCCGGGUUCAAUGUAAUUGUAAUCAGGUAGCAAACAUAAGCCUGCUGUAUUUUCUUCCCAUUAUGUGGAAGUGUCAGCUACAAUAAAUUUGAAAAUUUAUGUACAAGUUGUAUCUGCUGGGUAAAGAGAGGUGAACUUAAAAUUAUAUCUAAAAUAGUAACUUUUUUGUUGAUCUUGA